AUGCCACAUACAAAGAUUCAUACAAAUAGGUCGCCUGUUUCCAGGCUUAUUGCUGCCAUAACAUUAUGGUUUCAGACCUCAUCACUAACAAGCCGUCUUUUCGUUGGUAUUGCAAUUCUCUUUUUAGCUGAUGCGCUUUUCCACAGUAUCUCAAGCUGGAGAGACACGGAAAUUUUAGGCCAACAGAAAAAAAGAGGAUGUCCGAAUUAUUUUGAAUAUUCCAAGAGUAUUCAUCCACCACUUUCGGAAGGAGACCAGCAGUUGUCAUAUAUGCGACCAGAGCCAGAUUGUCGUACUUUUCGUAGCAAAGCCGUGGAAAAUGUCAUCAAGGAUAUGAAGGAAAGACUGGCCGAUCCGGAUAUGGCAAGGCUCUUUGAAAAUGCCUUUCCCAACACAUUGGACACCACUAUAUGGUGGUAUACCCCACAGGAUAAGAGAACAGGAUAUCCAAGAACGUUUAUUGCCACAGGCGAUAUUGCAGCAGAGUGGCUCCGUGACUCGGCUAACCAAUUGAGUGUGUAUACUCCACUUAUUAGUUCUGACGAGCAUCUUAAGAGUCUCAUCAAGGGUGCUGUUAUCCAGCAGGCCAUGUAUAUGAGAAAUGAUGCUUACUGCAAUGCGUUCCAACCCCCAGCGGAGGCCAAAAUUAAAAAAGUGCCAUCAUCCAAGGAUACAGUUUCACCAAAACCAGACUGGAACCAAGUUUUCGAAUGUAAAUGGGAGGUUGAUUCUUUGGCAUCAUUUUUAGAUCUCACGAAUAAUUAUAUUAAAUACUCAGGUGACACCACAAUUCUAAGCGACCCUAUAUGGAGUGCCGCUUUCACAAACCUUGUUUACAUUCUUAAAACUCAGUCAAUUCCAACCAAAGAUGAGCAUGGUCGUGCGUUGGUUGCUCAAUACACUUUUCAGAGAGAUACAAUGUCAGGCACAGAAACCCUUUGCUUAGGUGGACGUGGAAAUCCUAUCAAAGGUGGCACUGGUCUUAUUCGUUCGGCAUUUAGGCCAUCGGAUGAUGCCUGCAUAUUCCAGUUCUUCAUUCCUGGAAAUGCCUAUAUGGCCGCCGAGCUCGAAAGAAUCGCCCAUUACUUUGAAAUUGCUCAUUUGAACGGACCAUCGACUACAGCUCGUUCGAUUGCCGAAGGUAUCCGAAAAGGUAUCAACGAUUAUGGUGUGGUGGAACACAAGAAGUAUGGCAAGGUCUUUGCAUAUGAGGUUGAUGGAUUUGGUGGAACAAAUAUUAUGGAUGAUGCCAACUUGCCAUCUCUCCUUUCCCUUCCUGAUUUGGGCUUCCUCUCAGUUGAAGAUCCAAUUUACCAGAAUACUAGAAAGAUGGUUCUUGAAAGUGAUGGUAAUCCUUAUUUUGUCAAUGGAAGAUACUAUGGUGGAAUUGGUGGGCCACAUGUUGGUCUUUCCUAUGGCUGGCCAAUGUCUAUGGUGGUGCAAAUAAGAACUUCAGAAGAUGAUGCGGAGAUUUUGAAAUUAUUGGAGAAGGUGGUCUCAACCACCAGAGGCUUAGGAUUGAUGCAUGAGGGUAUUGAAAUCAACUCACCUACACAUAAAUAUUCAAGGCAAUGGUUUAGUUGGGGAAAUAGUGAAUUCGCUAAGGCAAUUAUUGGUCUUGCUGAGCGGAAGCCACAUCUCAUCUUCAAGGACGAAUAUUCCCAAAUACCUUAUAGAGUUCAAGACCAACCAUGGUACAAGGGCAUUUAA